AUGCACUGCAGCUGUUUGGCUGAGGGCAUCCCUGCUGCCACCCCAUGUAACUACUGGGUCUCAGGCCUGGCCUUCCCCGACUGGGCCUACAAAGCCGAGUCAUCCCCAGGCUCCCGGCAGAUCCAGCUGUGGCACUUCAUCCUGGAGCUGCUGCAGAAGGAAGAGUUCCACCAUGUCAUCGCCUGGCAGCAGGGAGAGUACGGGGAGUUUGUCAUCAAGGACCCAGAUGAGGUGGCCCGCCUCUGGGGCCGCAGGAAAUGCAAACCACAGAUGAAUUAUGACAAGCUGAGCCGGGCCCUCAGGUAUUACUACAAUAAGAGGAUCUUGCACAAGACCAAAGGCAAAAGAUUCACAUACAAAUUCAACUUCAGCAAGCUCAUCGUGGUCAACUACCCUCUGUGGGAAGUGCGAGCACCACCAUCCCCCCACUUGCUGCUGGGAACUCCUGCCCUGUGUCGGCCAGCCCUGGUGCCCAUGGGGGUACAGAGCGAGCUCCUGCACAGCAUGCUGGUCACCCAGCGGGCCCUGGUGGGGCAGCUGGCUGCACAGCAGGCCUCCCGCGGGCCACCAGAGGCCUCUGGGGACAAGAAGGGGAGCAGCAGCAGCAGUGUCCACCGACUUGGCCCUGGCCACUGCCGGCUGGGCCCUUGCUGCCACUUCGGGAGCCUUCAAGGCGAGCUGCCCAAUUUUGCCUCCUUCACUCCUCCCCUGCCACCCCCACUCCCCUCUGACUGGACCCGCCUCUCGGGGGCUUUCUUGCCUCCUCUGUCGGAGCGGCAGCUGCCCGGGAACCCCAAGCCCAACCUUCUGCUCCCAGGACCUCCCCUGCUGCCUGGGCUGGAGCCCAAUGCAGGUGAGAGGCUUCGGCUCUUGUCCCUGAGGCCUGAGGGACCAGAGAAAAAGCCCAACCCCAAGAAAGGAGCUCAGGCCGGCCUGGAGCCCAGGGCUGACUUCUCCUCACAGACCCACGGACUCGGAGCUGGGGAGGAAAGCUCUGGGGCCCCCAACCCAGAGACCUUCAAGGCAGUGUGGCCCUUGGACCCUCCCUAA